CAGUGAAAGCAUUACAUGCGUAUGCUGCCGAUCAUCAUGAUGCAGCGAAGAAGAAGAAGAAAGUCAAGAGGAUGCAGCAUGAACUCAAAAUAUGCGCCAGCCUCGAGCAUACAAACAUUCUGCCAGUUUUUGGUUAUACAACUGGCUUCGGCCUAUUUAUAGCAUAGUCAGUCCUUGGGCUGAGAAUGGAAACCUGUCAACCUAUUUGGCACGUGAGGGUGAGGCUCUUACUCUCGUUAGACGAUUCCAGAUACUCAGAGAUAUCAUAGCUGGUCUACAAUAUCUUCAUGUCAACAGUGUCAUCCAUGGUGACCUCAAUGGGCCUAAUGUGCUCAUCAAUGGUGAUGGUACUGCUUGUGUUGCCGACUUCGGUCUUUCCUUGAUGUAUUCGGAGGUUAUAAGAGCCUCUCAAGCUUCCUGGACUUCCACAUUCAAAGGCAACUUGAGAUGGAUGGCUCCUGAGCUCCUUGCGGAGCGAGAGGAUGGAUCUCCAGUACGACCAAGCAAGCAGAGUGACAUCUAUUCGUUCGGCGGUAUUAUGCUACAGGUGCUCACCAACAAAAUUCCCUACUAUUACUCAAAUGACAUAGCUAUCAUGCUAUCAUGGUCAAGUUAGAAAAGCCUUCCCGAUCUCGUUAUCCCGAGCAGCCUGACAAGUACUGGGAUCUAUCGAGCAAUGUUGGUCUACUGAUCCUCUGAAGCGUCCAUCAACGGAGGGAAUUGAUGAAGUGAUCAAGAACGAAUUUCUCUCGCUAUCCGGAUCU